AUGGGUAAAGCUCUACGUAGAUCGACUAGGAUUGCAGCAUCGAAAAGAUCGUUGGAAGAUGAAGAAUCCAAAUUUGACCCCAUUUCGCCACCGGAAGUGCUUAAAAAGAGGGUUAAGACAGAUUUAAAGGUUAAAGUUAGCGAAACAGAAGACCAAGGGGACAACAGUGCAUCUACCUCUACCGAAUUGAAAAUAGGAGAUCCUAUCCCUGAUUUAAGUCUCUUAAGCGAAGAUAAUGACUCUAUCUCCUUGAAAAAAAUUGCCGAAGAGAACAAAAUAGUAGUAUUUUUCGUGUAUCCCAAGGCAAGCACGCCUGGUUGUACUAGACAGGCCUGUGGGUUUCGUGACAAUUACGAUGAUCUCAAGAAACAUUCUGCUGUCUUUGGAUUAAGUUCAGAUUCUGUGACAUCCCAGAAAAGGUUCCAGACUAAGCAAAAUUUGCCAUAUCAUUUACUAAGCGAUCCUAAGAGAGAGUUUAUUGGAUUGUUAGGUGCGAAAAAAACGCCACUCUCAGGUUCCAUCAGAUCGCACUUUGUCUUUGUUGAUGGGAAAUUGAGAUUCAAAAGAGUUAAAAUAUCACCAGAAGUCAGUGUAAAUGACGCCAAAAAGGAAAUCCUGGAGCUUGCUGAAAAGGUCAAAGAAUAA